AUGUUUUCUCUCAUUAGAAAGAUCAGCAGCUCGCAGUACCCUAGAAGCAACAUGGCAGAACAGUCGACACCAGAGAACGACACCAAGCAAGAAGAGCAAGAGCAACAAGAAGAGCACGUCGAUGGCAUCAGCUACGAUCCUGAUGCAGAUCCCAGAGAUCCUGGCAGAUACUACACUUUUCCACAUUUUGCUGAAGACCUCCCCACCCUUCUGGCCCACCUCCCCAAUCCCCAAAAGAUUGCGUCCGACCCCCUCGUCUCGCAGUCCANNUCAUUCUCCCCUCCUGCUCUGCAAACACGCUCCACAACCUCUUCACCGUCAUCGCCACAGCUCUCGCGCGUACAGCCAACUCGCAGAGCGUCUACACAAGUCAACACUGCCACGCCAAAGCAGCAUUCCUCACCUGCAGCACGCUCACUGAGAAGCAUUUCAGCUGCUCAAUCGCCAAGACUGCAGGAGAAGAAGAGUGUAGGUCAGGCAAAGGAUGCACAUUCAUCACCAGCGAGAAAGUCACAACAGCAGAAGCGUGUUUCUGGACUCUCGCAAGGGUCGCCAAACAGAGAUGGUGGAAAGAUGGGCUAA